UGUCAAUUUUUGCCCUUUGCUGCUGCUGAGUGUUUAAAUAAUUUCAUUGGAAAUGAUAUUUUUGUAGUCUUAAUAGUAGUUUAGGAGAUGGAUUCUGGCGCAACGAUGGCUCACACGAAUCAGGUGGUCCUUGACAUUGACGAUGAGGAGCCAGGGGAAGGUACAAGCCGAAGUAAUCCGCUUCAUAGGAUGGACUCGGUUUCUCGACCAAUUCCAGUAAAUAGAAGCAAUUUAGGCCUCGGGGAUCGGCUUAAUAAUGUCUUUAGGGAGAUCCGACCGCUCGUCGAACAUGCUCGGAUGGGCAACAAUGCUAGGUUAUCCCUGCCAACAUGGUUGCCAAGAACUCCACCAGGGACCCAUCAAUCUGGAGAAGGUCUGCAAAGACCGCAAAGUUCCAUAGCCCAUGUAAAUUUAGGGCCUGGAUCUCAAACUUAUGUUGUUAAUGAGAGAAGUACACCCCUUAGUCAAAGGCAGUCCAGCCAUGGUAUGAGCAACAGUGCCUCUAACGAUUCCAAUAUUUCUGAACAGCGGCCAGAACCAGCAGAUAUCAAUGUGUCUGUUAACCCUUCAAAUAAUAAUAAUAUACAUGACAAUGCUGAUAAUGAUAGUCAAAGUGAAGAUGGGACACAGCAGGUAGUGGAUGUGCGAGCAACCCUAAAUCUACUGCUGCGAUAUGCACCAUUCUACUUCCUGCUGUUUAUUAAGUUCAUGUAUGACAGUCGCGAGACGAUCUUUACGUUCAUUAUACUAUUGUGCGUUUUCGUGCACGGGAACAAUGUUGUCAAGAGGGAAAACGGUAAACAAAUGAACCGCAGCAUAUUAGCAUUGUUCUGCGAAAUUAUCUUACAGACUUCAACCGUUUUGAUAGUGCACUACCUGUUCGGACACGGCAAGUUACUGCCCAACAUAGUGAUGUUCCCCCCGUACACGCAGCCCAUAGACGUGUGGGAGCUACUGUGGCUGGUCGUGCUUACCGACCUGAUCGCAAGGCUGAUCACGGUGGACGUCAAGUUGUUUAUUACAAUGAUGCCAUCUUUCAUACUUCCAUUCCAGAAGAGGGGUAAAGUGUACCUCUUCACAGAGGCCCUGUCCCAGCUAUACCGGUCCAUCAUAACAAUACAACCUUGGAUAUUCUUCCUCAUGCAGUCGUAUGAGGGGUCGGAGAAAAUGGUGGGCAUGAGCCUGGCUUCGGUGUAUGUGAUCGCUAAGGUUGUAGAACUGCUGGUGCGGCUCAGGUUGUUCAAACAAGCCACGUGGACGUUGCUGCAGAGUGUUAACCUUGGCACAAAGCCGACCGGCGAACAGUUGGGUUCGGCCGGUGAAGCGUGCCCCAUCUGCCACGACGACUACACCACACCCGUGCGGCUAGGCUGUAGCCACAUCUUCUGCGAACUGUGCAUCGCGGCUUGGCUAGAUAGGGAGCACACUUGCCCGCUGUGUCGGGCUAAAGUCGCGGAUGAACCCACUUGGCGAGAUGGCUCCACUACACUUGACUUUCAACUUUAUUAGUGUUGAUAUGGCUCAUAUUCGUAACAAUUUCAUAACAGUCGUGUUUAAAACUGUGUAUCGAAGCUUGAGUUAACAGAGAGGCCACACUGGCCCGUGGUGCUGCUGGAUAAAAUUCAUGGAUGAACCCGCCUGGCAAGAGGGGUUCGACUUUGUUUUUCUACUUAAUUGGUUCCACUACAUGUGAUUUUCAACUUUAUUAGUGUUGAUGCGGCUCAUAUUCAUAACAGUCGUGUUGAGAGCUGUGUAUCGAAGUCUGUCUUGACAGAAAGGACUGGACAUUGGUGCUGCUAGAUAAAAUUUAUGGAUGAACCCACCUGGCAAGAUGGGUUGGACUUUGAUCUUCAACUUUAUUUGUGUGUAACAACAGUCCAUAUUCGAUCAUAGUUAUGUUGUGCAUUGUGUACUACAUCCUGACUUGACAUAGAACUCUCUAGCACAGCCAGGCAUAAUUCGUAGUUGAACCCACUUGAAGAGACGGUUCCAUUACCUUUAAUUUUGUUUCAUUAGGUGUGUUGAUACGGCUCAUAUUCAUUUUAGUCGUGUUGUGAACUGUUUAUCGAAGCCUGAGAGCGCACAGUUGCCUAUUGUGCAGGGACAAAGUCGCCGUUGAACCCACCUGGAGAGAAGGUUCCACUGUAUAUGAAUCCUAGCUUCAUUAGUAUGGUAACAAUGCCCAUAUUCGAUAAUCUUUGAUUUUGUAUCCUAACUUUGAUUUUCAACUUUAUUAGUGUGUUGAUACGGCUCAUAUUAAUUUAGGUCGUGUUGUGAACUGUGUAUCAAAGCCUGGCUCGACAGAACCUGUUGGGUUGGGAUAAAGUCGUGGAUGAAAGCUCAUAUGGUGAGACGGUUCCACUAUUCGAUUAUUGUGUUCUCAGCAAUCGUAUGCGAACUGCGUAUUGUAACCGGGAUUGACAGAGAGUACACUGGCCCGCAUGCUGCCGGAUAAAAUUCAGGGGCGUACCCACCUGGUGACACGGGAUUCGACUUCACUUGAUUUCCAACUUUAUUUAGGAGUUAUAAACGUCCAUAUUCGAUUAUCGUAAUGUUUGACUGUGUAUCACUCAACAUAAAGCACUCUUGCUGCGUACACGACUGUGCUGUCUGGAAAAAUUAGCGGUUGAACCCACCUAGCGAGUGGGGUUCUCUACUUAAUUAAGUGUAAAUAAGGUCCAUAUUAGAAUAUAAUGAAUUUCAAACGACCAAAGGCAUGUGGAUGAACCCUCCUGGCAAGACGGUUGUACUUUGAUUUUCAACUUAAUAAGUGUGAAAAUAAGGUUUACAUUCUGUUAUCGUGAUGUUGCGAACGCCUACACACGCUCAUUCAUCGUGGUGCUGUCGGGUAAAAUCGAGACUUUCGACUUUAUUAUUUUAUUGAUAAAGUUGAUAUUUAAAGUAACUUUAUCUCACUAGUCACUUGUAUGAACUGUGUAUUGCUACCGUAUAUAUAUUUAGCAAACUUGUCCGUUAGGCAGAUUUUUUGAAAAAGUAAUAGAUAGAUAGAAAAUGUAUGGUUUGUUAUAUGGAGUGUCGACAGAAAAUAUUAUUUAAUUAUAUAUUCACUCCUUAAUUAAAUGAUUGUACAAAAAUCUGUAUAUAUAAAAUUUUGAAUAUAAAAGUUGAAUAAUCACUCAAUUAUGUGAAAUGAAUAAUUACAAUAUCUUCUUUCAUUUCUUUACUAAAGUAAUUUUAUAUAGAAAACCGUUUUUUUUAAUCUUUAUUUAUUAAGAAGAUCUUUCACAGGCAUCAAAUAUCUCUAAAUCGUUUAGCGGGCGUCUUUAAAUUACGUGGGAUGUUUUUUUACAUUUUCUGUUACUCCUUCCCCCCCUGGUGAGAUGUCGUGAGAUUUUAUUCAACCUGAGAUUCAAAUUGAGCUGAGAACAAUUGAGAGAGUUGCCCAGAAAUCAAUCUCACGAGAGAUUUGUCAAAAUGUGGGUUUGUUACGUUAACGCGUUGGAUUUUUAUUGUAUACAAAAUAGUAUAAUUUUUUUUUUGUCUCAAUCAUGAUAAAAAAUUGCGUGAUAUUUGCAAAGACCCUCCCUCUCUCCAACGUAAUAUUAGACAUUUGACUCCCCCAACAUCUCACGUAUUUUAUGAACGCCCCCUUUUACAUAUUUAAACCGUGAGGUGAUAGUGAUAACUACAUUCGUUAACUUAAAACUAAAGCUACAAGGGUUCCAAGCUGCAUAAAAACUGUUUUCUUCUGUGCUAGUAAUCUCGCUAGCGGCUCUGUAUAAACAUUUAAUAUGCGAUUAGCAAAAACUGCGUUAAGACUAUAUUACCCUCUUACAGAGAAAUUUUCUUGUACCUAUGAAUGAUAUUAUAGCAUUUGAAAAUAUAUUUUUUAAUAACCAUACUGUUAGGAUAGUUUAAAAAUGUAAAC